GGGCGCUUCACAAUGCGCAUACGAAUCGCAACAACCACCAGAAGCUCGUCCGACUUGCCUGUCCUUGCACCGCCCCCCAGACACGACUGCAUGCGCUGCAGAAUAAUGCCCACUCGGAUCGCGUGACCACUUACUACCAUCUCUUCUCCUUCUGCUUUGCUCUACCGUCCUCCGCUCCGCCUAUUCUCCGCCGCCGCCAACAACAUGUCCUCUCCGCCGCCCGUGGAAGACCAGGCCCGGCUGCUGGAGGAUGCGCUGCAAGUUGUUCGCCAGCAGACGGUGCAGAUGCGGAGAUGUCUUGAGACUCCGGGCAAGCUGAUGGAUGCGCUCAAAUGCGCCUCGACACUCGUCUCCGAAUUACGAACGUCCAGUCUCGGUCCCAAACAGUACUAUGAGCUGUACAUGAGCGUCUUCGAUGCCCUGCGCCACCUCUCCGUUUAUCUACGCGAUUCGCAUCCCGUCAACCACCUCGCCGACCUCUAUGAAUUGGUCCAAUAUGCCGGAAACAUUGUUCCACGUCUGUACCUCAUGAUCACUGUGGGGACAGUAUACAUGGGAAUCGAAGAUGCGCCUGUCAAGGAAAUCAUGAAAGAUAUGAUGGAGAUGAGCAGAGGUGUACAGCAUCCCGUCCGCGGCUUGUUCUUGCGAUAUUACCUGAGCGGGCAAGCACGAGACUAUCUUCCUGAGGGCGAUUCCGCUGAGGGACCGGAGGGAAACUUGCAGGAUUCCAUCUCGUUCAUCUUGACGAAUUUCGUUGAGAUGAACAAGCUGUGGGUACGAUUACAGCAUCAGGGACAUUCGAGAGAACGGGAACAGAGGACGAAAGAGAGACAAGAGCUGCAGCUGUUGGUCGGAAGCAAUCUGGUGCGACUGUCUCAAUUGGUGGACAUGGAGAGUUACAAGAAUGUGAUUCUGCAGCCGCUCCUGGAGCAGGUGGUGCAAUGUCGGGACGUUUUGGCUCAGGAGUACCUGCUCGAGGUGAUUACUCAGGUCUUCCCGGAUGAGUACCACUUGCACACACUGGAUCAAUUACUUGCGGCUACUGCGAGACUCAACCCGCAUGUCAACGUCAAGGCAAUCGUGAUUGGAUUGAUGGAUCGCUUGAGUGCGUUUGCGCAGAGGGAAGCGGAGCCCAAGAGUGAAGAAGAGAGACAGAAAGUGGAAGAGGAAAGCGUGAGCAAAUUAUUGGAGAAGCUGAGCAUGUCCAAAGAUGUCGGAAGCUCAGAAGAGACGAAGCCUGCGGAGAACGGCCACAACGGAGACGAGGCAUCACCGCGGCCGAGCGAAGACACUGCGGUUGCAUCAACAGCCGAUUCAGAAGCACCGACAGAGACGACUGCCGUUGGCGAAGGCGAAUCAACACCACAGACCAAUGGCAAGACGAAAGGGAUACCAGGAAAUGUCAAGCUAUUCGAAGUGUUCUACGAGCAAGUCAUACACCUCGUCAGCGUGCAGAGACUUCCUAUCCAGGACAUCACAGCACUGCUCACCUCGCUCAUCAACUUGGCAACUGCCAUCUACCCGGACCGACUUGACUACGUUGACCAAGUUUUGCAUUACGCCACGAAGGAAGUCUCAAGAUACCAAAAUUCUGCCGAUCUGCAUUCACAAGCCUCGCAACAGAACAUCCUCAGUCUGCUCCUUGGACCAGUCAAGACGUAUUUUUCGCUCUUUACCGCCCUUGCACUGCCAAACUACAUUCCACUAUUCCUGCAACAACCGUAUCCUACACGGCGGAACGUCGCCGGGGAAGUGAUCAGGAGUCUACUGCGAAAUGACACAAAGAUUACAAACAUGUCGCAUCUGGAAAGCAUAUUAUCAAUACUAUCAGUCCUAAUCAAAGAAGGCGCGCAACCAUCAUCGGGAUACCCGGGUGGGCCUAUCCGCAGAGGAGCGAUCGAAACGGACGAAACGGUAGAAGAACAAGGCUGGCUCGCGCGGAUAGUGCAUCUCAUCAAAGGACCCGACAAUAUGACCCAGUUCCAAUUACUGCAAAAGAUACGACAAGCAUUCCAGGAAGGAAACGAGCGAACGAAGUAUACAUCACCGGCAAUAAUAACACAGUCACUCAAGCUUGCGCGGAACUUCAAGCGACGAGAACACCUUUCAUCAGACGACUAUGGCGUACAGUCGAGCGCCUUGUACAAAUUCAUGCACACAACAUUAUCGUCGCUGUACACUCGUGUCUCUGCACAGGGGGUGCCGGAUCUCGUGUUGAGGUUGUUCGUCUCUUGCGGGCAAGUGGCGAGUCAAUGCGAGAAUGAGGAUGUUGCAUAUGAGUUCUUCGCGCAAGCUUUCACUGUUUACGAGGAGUCAAUAUCGGAUUCGAGGUCGCAGUUCCAGGCCAUUUGUAUCAUUGCUGGCGCGCUUUGUGGCUGCUCAGAGCGCUUCAGCAGGGAGAACUACGACACGCUCAUCACGAAGGCGGCGCUGCACGGCAGUAAGUUGUUAAAGAAGCCGGAUCAGUGUCGCGCUGUAUAUCUCGCUUCCCAUCUCUGGUGGGCGGUGGAGAAGGUGGAGACUGAGAAGGCGGACGGGAAAGAGCCUUACCGCGAUGGCAAACGCGUACUCGAAUGCCUUCAACGCGCCCUUCGCGUAGCCGAUGCAUGCAUGGACACUGCCGUCUCCGUUGAACUCUUCGUGGAAAUCCUGAACCGAUACGUGUACUACUUUGACCAAGAAAACGAUGCCGUGACAACGAAAUACCUCAACGGCCUGAUCGAACUCAUCCACUCGAAUCUGAGCGCUACCGCGGCCGACACCACUGGGCCGAAUAACGCCAGCGGACUGGAAAGCCCGAGGAAACAUUUCCAGAGGACACUGGAAUACAUUUCUAGCCGUGAGUAUGAGGGUGUGGAGACGAGGCCGAAAGGGGCCUUGGGUGGUGGGAGUUGAAGCUUGAGGAGCGGUUUUCAUGAGCAUCAUCAUCAACAGCAAGAUCUUAGUGGUGGCGGUGGUGGUGCUUCAGGGCAUGGUAAGGCUGAGCGGAAGAGGGAUGAUAAGAGCGCUGAGGAUUGGUGUUUUGAAGCUGCUCCGUUUGCUUUUGAGAGGAUUGGAAAGGUUAGGAGGGUGGAGGGGAUUAUGUUGGGGAGGGAAUGAGAUGAGACCCCCCGAUGUGAAAAUGAGAGAAAUGGGAUCGUGCGGAGGUGUGCGGUGGCAGAAACGGGAGAGUGGAAAGCAUGUGGCAUAAUUUUCAUGUUCUCUCUGGUUCUGCGACAGACAGAGAUUAGCGCUCACGACGUUGUAUGGGAAACAUGUAUAUAGAUUUCGAGUUAGCGAGCAGAUCAGGGAAGAAAAAGAGUUUCAGAAAGCA